AGAUAAAGAAGUUCUGACACGGAUAGCUGUCAAGUUGUGGAGAGAGGUUAAGUGUAUAAUUUUAAAAUAUGUUUUAGUAAUUACCGAAUUAAAUUUGAAAUGAACACGUUAGGUUUAAGCAUUAUUAUGAAAAUGGGCUGUAUAUGUUCCAAAGAAGUUAUAAAUAUAAACGGUGUGAGAUACGUAGUCAAAGAACAUCUCGGAGAUGGAGGGUUUUCCACAGUUCAUUUAGUAGAGAAUUCAUCAACGAAAAAAUGUUAUGCUUUGAAAAGGAUAAAAUGUCACAGCGUCGACGACCAGAAGGUGGCAAUGCAAGAAAUAAAUUAUUAUAAAAAAAUUAAACAUCCCAAUAUUAUAGGACUUAUUGAUUCCUCUUUCAAGGGAUCUGCAGAUAUUGUUACGAAUGCCACGUCCGAGGCUUUUUUGGUAUUACCAUAUUUUUCACUUGGGACGUUGCAUGAUUAUCUUGCUGUGAGAUCUUUCACAAAAAAUUAUUUAGAUAUUAAAGAUAUACUGAGACUUUUCAGCGAAAUAUGUCAAGGGGUGAAAUAUUUACAUAAUUUUAGUCCCGAACCUUUGGCUCACAGAGAUCUGAAGACAGCGAAUGUAUGCUUAUCUGAAGGAAUGGUACCCAUCAUUAUGGAUUUAGGUUCUUGCGCUCCAGCCAAAGUUCAGAUAUGCGGUGCUCAGGAUGCCCAGAAGCUACAAGAUCUGGCCGCUGAAAGGUGUUCGAUGACUUACAGAGCUCCUGAGCUCUUUCAUGUUGAAAGCUAUUGCGUUAUAGAUCAAAGGACAGAUAUAUGGAGUUUGGGUUGUAUUAUGUACGCAUUAUGCUAUUUUAAGUCGCCAUUCGAUGUAGUUCAUGAAAAAGGAGAUUCAGUCAAUUUGGCGGUGAUUUCUGGAACGUUACCUCUUCCGGAAGAUGGACCAUUCAGAGAGAAUGUUCAUGAUUUUAUGAAGUUUAUGUUAGAAGUUAAUCCGUCCGAACGUCCGUUCAUAGAUAGCGUCAUCGAAAGACUACAAGUAUUGAGAAAUGAAGUUGACGCAAUUAUUUGAAGAGAAAUUAUAAGACUUCAAAGGAUUUUUUCAAUAUGCAAUGAAGUAUUUUUCAUUUUGUUAAGAUUCAAAGCUUUUAUUUAUUUGUUAAGAUGUACAAUGACCGGAAAUAUAAUUUUAUCUAUUUAUA